CGUGGUGAAAAUCGUUAAUAGUCAUCAGCUAUGAAGUUGUUGUGGGCUCUCGCUGCCCUACUUUUAUGCUGUUGGCGAGCCGACGCGUCCACAGCGGGUUUCAUAAAAUCCCCCCUCUCUCAGAUCAAACUAAUCGACGACAGUGCGGAGCUGCACUGUGAGGUAGUAGGAAACCCCAUUCCCGAGGUGCAGUGGUGGUUUGUUGAAGGCGAGGAGUCCAAUGAGACUCUCACCCAGCUGUUCGAUGGGGCGCGAAAUGAGCGCGUCAGAAUAAAUGCCACAUACAUAGCUCACGCCACCAGCACCAUUCACCUCCUCAGCCUCACUCUUGACGACACGGGCAUGUACGAGUGCCGCGCUUCCAACGACCCCGACCGCAAUGAUCUGAAGAAGACGCCCAAAAUCAAGUGGAUCCGCUCGCAGGCAAACAUUAUUGUGAUUGAAAGCCCACAAGUCAGUGCUGAACCGUCUGAGGUCAGCAACCAAACGUCUGCCGUUCUCACCUGCAACAUAACAGAUUCCAGCCUUCCCAUUAAGGGUUCCUACUGGACACAUAAUGACAAAGUCCUUGAUAACUCAAAGUCCUCUUCUAAAUACGCUUCAUACAAUUUGGAGAAGAUCACCUAUCAACAGUCUGGACACUAUGAAUGUGUGUUUGAGACUGAGACUGGGUCAAAAUUGAAGCGGGCCAUUGAGGUGAAAACACUUCCUCAUGUCUCAGCCUAUAAGCGCUCAGAGCACGGUAAUGAGAAUGACAAAAGUGUGCUCACUUGUGUUGCUCAUGGUUACCCCCUUCCCACUGAUUGGAUGUGGUAUAAAGAGGAGGGCGGCGAACAAAAGCCAAUUGUUAAUGCCACUGAGAGAUACGAGAUCAAGAGCACCCCUAACAAGACCAUGCUGACCAUUGAAGACCUGAACAUCGAGACCGACGGUGGAUCCUACCUCUGCUAUGGAGCCAAUGAGCUCGGCCAAAACAAGGACGCGAUCUUUCUCCGUGUCCGGAGUCGCCUGGCUGCUCUCUGGCCCUUCCUUGGCAUUGUGGCCGAGGUCAUCAUCCUUGUGACGGUCAUCUUCAUCUACGAAAAGAGGAGAAAGCCUGAUGACAUCACUGAUGACGAUGACUCAGGAGCUGCUCCUCUGAAGAGCAAUUCUACUACAAACCACAAGGACAAGAAUGUGAGGCAAAGAAACGCAAACUAAGAAAAUGAAGGAGAUGGAUGUCAAGUUGGCACUCCAGGAUUCAACUGUUGUGUGGCACAUUAUGUUGUGCAAUACAAUUUUUAAAGUACCUUUUUGUGCUUGAGUGUUGUUUUAGAAUAAUUUUCCUUUUUUUUUUUUGUCUUGGGUUUUUUUUUAUGCUUAAUUUUUAACAUUGUGCAGCCAGGAUGUAGUGUGAAACAACCCUUUCUGCUUGAGGCCAUGUGACAAAUAUUGCAUGAGUUUUAAAGCUGUUCUAGCCAAGCGUGUGGUGUAAAAAAAAAAA